GCCCGACGCGCGCGGAGACCAUGCAGAGGUCGCCCCUGGAAAAGGCCAGCGUCCUCUCCAAACUUUUCUUCAGCUGGACCAGACCAAUUUUGAUAAAAGGCUAUAGACAACGCCUGGAAUUAUCAGACAUAUACCAAGUCCCUUCUGCUGAUUCUGCUGAUCAUCUGUCUGAAAAAUUGGAAAGAGAAUGGGACAGAGAGCUGGCAUCAAAGAAGAACCCCAAACUUAUUAAUGCCCUUCGGCGAUGCUUUUUCUGGAGAUUUGCGUUCUAUGGAAUCUUAUUAUAUUUAGGGGAAGUCACCAAAGCAGUCCAGCCUCUCUUACUGGGAAGAAUCAUAGCUUCCUAUGAUCCAGAUAACAAGCAGGAACGCUCCAUUGCAAUUUACCUAGCCAUUGGCUUAUGCCUUCUCUUUAUCAUGAGGCCGCUGCUCCUGCACCCAGCCAUUUUUGGCCUUCAUCACAUUGGAAUGCGCAUCAGAAUAGCUAUGUUUAGUUUGAUUUAUAAGAAGACUUUAAAGCUGUCAAGCCGUGUUCUGGAUAAAAUAAGUAUUGGACAACUUGUUAGUCUCCUUUCCAACAACCUGAACAAAUUCGAUGAAGGACUUGCACUGGCGCAUUUCGUGUGGAUUGCUCCUCUACAAGUGACGCUCCUGAUGGGGCUGCUCUGGGAUUUGUUACAAGCCUCUGCCUUCUGUGGUCUUGCUUUCCUCAUAGUCCUCGCUCUUUUCCAAGCUGGUUUGGGAAGAAUGAUGAUGAAGUACAGAGAUCAGAGAGCUGGAAAGAUCAAUGAAAGACUCGUGAUCACCUCAGAAAUGAUUGAAAAUAUCCAAUCUGUUAAGGCAUACUGCUGGGAGGAAGCAAUGGAAAAAAUAAUUGAAAACAUAAGACAAACAGAGCUGAAACUGACCCGGAAGGCAGCCUAUGUGAGAUACUUCAAUAGCUCAGCCUUCUUCUUCUCAGGGUUCUUUGUGGUGUUUUUAUCUGUGCUUCCCUAUGCACUGAUCAAAACAAUCAUCCUUCGCAAAAUAUUCACAACCAUCUCAUUCUGCAUCGUUUUGCGCAUGGCAGUCACUCGGCAAUUCCCCUGGGCUGUACAAACAUGGUAUGACUCUCUUGGAGCAAUAAACAAAAUACAGGAUUUCUUACAAAAGCAAGAGUAUAAGACGUUGGAAUAUAACUUAACAACUACGGAAGUAGUGAUGGAGAAUGUAACAGCCUUCUGGGAGGAGGGAUUUGGGGAAUUACUUGAGAAAGCAAAAGAAAACAGUAAUGACAGAAAAAUUUCCAAUGGGGACAACAGCCUCUUCUUCAGCAACUUCUCACUUCUUGGUACUCCUGUCCUAAAAGACAUCAGUUUCAAGAUAGAAAGAGGACAGUUAUUGGCGGUUGCUGGAUCUACUGGAGCAGGCAAGACUUCACUCCUAAUGAUGAUUAUGGGAGAACUGGAGGCUUCAGAGGGUAAAAUUAAGCACAGUGGAAGAAUUUCAUUCUGCUCUCAAUUUUCUUGGAUUAUGCCUGGCACCAUUAAAGAAAACAUAAUUUUUGGUGUUUCCUAUGAUGAGUAUAGAUAUAGGAGUGUCAUCAAAGCAUGCCAACUAGAGGAGGACAUUUCCAAGUUUGCAGAGAAGGACAACAUCGUUCUUGGAGAAGGUGGCGUCACGCUGAGCGGAGGGCAAAGAGCAAGAAUCUCCCUAGCAAGAGCAGUAUAUAAAGAUGCUGAUUUAUACCUCUUAGACUCUCCUUUUGGAUACCUGGAUGUUUUAACAGAAAAAGAAAUAUUUGAAAGCUGUGUCUGUAAAUUGAUGGCUAACAAAACUAGGAUCUUGGUCACUUCUAAAAUGGAACAUUUAAAGAAAGCUGACAAAGUCUUAAUUUUACAUGAAGGUAGCUGCUAUUUUUAUGGGACAUUUUCUGAAUUACAAAGUCUCCGGCCCGACUUCAGCUCGAAGCUCAUGGGCUAUGAUUCUUUUGACCAGUUCAGUGCAGAAAGAAGAAACUCCAUCAUCACUGAGACUUUACGGCGUUUCUCCUUAGAAGGAGAUGCGGCCGUGCCCUGGAAUGAAACAAAAAAGCAAUCUUUUAAACAGACUGGAGAGUUUGGUGAAAAAAGGAAGAACUCUAUCCUUAAUCCAAUCAACUCCAUAAGAAAAUUUUCAAUUGUACAAAAGACCCCAUUACCCAUGAAUGGCAUCGAAGGAGAGUCUGAGGUGCCAGUAGAGCGAAGGCUGUCCUUAUUUCCCGACUGUGAGCCAGGAGAGGCCAUCCUGCCUCGGAGCAACAUGAUCGACACUGGCCCCACGCUCCGGAGACAACGAAGACAGUCUGUUCUGAACCUGAUGACGCGCUCCUCCGUGAACCAAGGUCAGAGCAUUCACCGAAGGACAACAGCAUCCACGCGAAAAAUGUCACUGGCCCCUCAGGCAAAUCUAACUGAAAUGGAUAUAUAUUCCAGACGGCUAUCUCAAGACAGUGGCUUGGAAAUAAGUGAAGAAAUUAAUGAAGAGGAUUUAAAGGAGUGCUUUUUUGAUGAUGUCGAGAGCAUACCACCAGUGACUACAUGGAACACAUACCUUCGAUAUAUUACUGUCCACAAGAACUUAAUUUUUGUGCUAAUUUGGUGCUUAGUUAUUUUUCUGGCUGAGGUGGCUGUUUCAUUGGUUGUAUUGUGGAUACUUAGAAACUCAUCUUCUCAAGACAAAGGGAAUAGCACUCAGAGCGUAAACAGCAGUUAUGUAGUGAUCUUCACCAGUACCAGCGCGUAUUAUAUUUUCUACAUUUAUGUGGGAGUAGCUGAUACUUUGCUUGCUCUGGGACUCUUCAGAGGUUUACCACUGGUGCAUACUCUAAUCACAGUGUCGAAAAUUUUACACCACAAAAUGUUACAUUCUGUUCUUCAAGCACCUAUGUCAACCCUCAACACACUGAAAGCAGGUGGGAUUCUUAAUAGAUUCUCCAAAGAUAUAGCGAUUUUGGAUGAUCUUCUGCCCCUUACCAUAUUUGACUUCAUCCAGUUGUUAUUAAUUGUGAUCGGAGCAGUGGCGGUGGUGUCGGUUUUACAGCCCUACAUCUUCCUAGCGACAGUGCCAGUGAUAGCGGCCUUUAUUAUCCUGCGGGCCUACUUCCUCCACACUUCACAGCAACUCAAGCAACUGGAAUCGGAAGGCAGGAGUCCAAUUUUCACUCAUCUUCUUACAAGUUUAAAAGGACUGUGGACACUUCGGGCCUUUGGACGCCAGCCUUACUUUGAGACUUUGUUUCACAAAGCUCUGAACUUACAUACUGCCAACUGGUUCUUGUACCUGUCAACGCUGCGCUGGUUCCAAAUGAGAAUGGAAAUUAUUUUUGUCAUAUUCUUCAUUGCUGUUACCUUCAUCUCCAUUUUAACAACAGGUGAAGGAGAAGGAACAGUUGGUAUUAUUCUAACGUUAGCCAUGAAUAUCAUGGGUACGUUGCAGUGGGCUGUAAACUCCAGCAUAGAGGUGGACAGCUUGAUGCGAUCGGUGAGCCGAGUCUUCAAGUUUAUUGACAUGCCUACAGAAGAAAGUAAACCACCUACCAAGUCAUUCAAACCAUCCAAGGAUGCCCAACUCUCAAAAGUUACGAUUACUGAGAAUCGGCAUGUGAGGGAAGAUGAUAUCUGGCCCUCAGGGGGCCAAAUGACUGUCAAAGACCUCACAGCAAAGUAUAUAGAUGGUGGGAAUGCCAUAUUAGAGAACAUUUCCUUCUCAAUAAGUCCUGGCCAGAGGGUGGGCCUCUUGGGAAGAACUGGAUCAGGGAAGAGUACUUUGUUAUCUGCUCUUUUGAGACUGGUGAACACUGAGGGAGAAAUCCAAAUAGAUGGCGUGUCUUGGGACUCAAUCCCUUUGCAAGAAUGGAGGAGAGCCUUUGGGGUGAUCCCACAGAAAGUAUUUAUAUUCUCUGGAACAUUUAGAAAAAACUUGGAUCCCUAUGGACAGUGGAAUGAUCAAGAAAUAUGGAAAGUUGCGGAUGAGGUUGGACUCAGAUCUGUGAUAGAGCAGUUUCCCGGGAAGCUCGAUUUCGUCCUGGUGGAUGGGGGUUACGUCCUAAGCCAUGGCCACAAGCAGUUGAUGUGCUUGGCCAGAUCUGUCCUCAGGAAGGCGAAAAUCCUGCUGCUCGAUGAACCCAGUGCUCAUUUGGAUCCGAUAACAUACCAAAUCAUUCGAAGAACCCUAAAGCAAGCGUUUGCAAACUGCACAGUGAUCCUCUCUGAACACAGGAUAGAAGCGAUGUUGGAAUGUCAGCGAUUCUUGGUCAUCGAGGACAGCAGGCUGCGGCAGUUCGAGUCCAUCCAGAGGCUGCUGAGCGAGAGGAGCGUCUUCCGGCAGGCCAUCGGGCCCCCCGAGCGGCCCAGCCUCCUCCCGCACCGGCUCUCCAGCCGGCAGAGGUCCCCUUCCAGGAUCGCGGCCCUGAAGGAGGAGACGGAAGACGAGGUGCAGGACACAAGGCUUUAGGGCGCCCCGGAUCUUUGCGGGGGGCUUCGCUCAUCAAGGUGGAGGAGGACGUGGGUUCGACUUCGGAAACCAAGGACGAGUCGUGUAUUUUUAAAAGGAAAAAAAAAUCUUGAUAAGGGGAAUUAAGGACACUCAGCUGGAUCUGGAUAAGUGACUUCUGGGCAGUGGUCAAAUUGUGUGACAGGGACUUCAGACCCUUGAAGAUUUGCCACGUGGGCGCACGAGGCCGAGCUCCCAGGAAAGCCUUUCCUCUGGGAAGCGAUGGGAGGGCGGCUGUGGGGGUCAGCCCGCUGAGCUGCUGGGCCUGCUGCUUGGGGACACGUGCACCCUGUGGCCCAGAGGGGGACGCGGCCCACUACCGGGAGCCUCGAUUAAAGGAAGGCCCCUGGGAGCCUGGCUGGUGCGGAGACCUUCCUGCCCCUUUCCCCUGCCCUCCCUGACAUGGCCCACAACAUGACUCCAUCCCCUGGGAGGCAUCCCGGCUGUUCCACUGGGGGGCACGUGCUAGAGGCCCCGAGUCAGCUGGCCUGAGGCCACGUGCAACACAGGGUACCGGUCAGGAGUCUGAGGGAACCCCCCGUUUGUACCACUCACCACUCCACCCAAAGCAAGCAAUCCAGCCCAUGAGAAUGCGCCCCUUCCCGGGGAGGGGGCAGGGUGACUCCCUUGGUGAAGAGGUUGACCUGACGUUCCCCAGCUUCCAGAAAGUAACAGGCUCUUAAGAGCUUGGGACAGAAAGACGUUGAGACAAACAUGCUUUAGUGGGAAGUGGCACAGGAGACCCUCCUCCCCCGGGAGCUCUGGGAGGAGGGCAUGGAAGCAGGCGGGUGGAAAUACGGAGCUCCGAGGACGCAGGUCCAUGUAGGGUUAUGUCGCGCAGUUUCUGCCCAGCUCCAGGCCUGUCCUACCGUGGAGCCUGGCUGGGAGGGAUUACGGGAUGCACGGGGGACCGUCGGUUCACUUUAUAUGCUUCUGUUUUUAUAGUUUUUGUGAUGCAAAUAAAAUUUUCUCUAGGAAAUAUUUAUUUUAAUACUACUUCAAACUCACAAAUGGCUGUAUUUUAAGAUGAUUGUAUUAGGAAUUAUAUUUGUAUUGAAACAACUUUAUAUUUGAA